GCAGCGCACGGUCUGAGGUGAAGCAGGCGGGAUGUCGGCUUCUUGCGUUGUGAGCGGGGGCAGGAGCAGGUCCAGGACCGUCGGCAGGGUGUUCCCUAUGCCCAGGCAGCACUCGCUCUUCCAACCGCCCAUCCUCAACCCCUUCAUUUAUCAUAUCGAGCUCAGCGUGACGGACAAGCUCAAAAUAGCUCUGGCCAGUAUCACUCUUGUACCCUUGCGCCUCCUGUGCAUUUUCUUCGUUGUCCUCGUUGCUUGGCCAUUUGCGUUUUUAGGACGGAUGUGCUGUCCACUGUGUACAACUGAAGAGCCAGUUCCAAACUGGAAGCGCCAUGUUUCACGAGUUGUGUUGAAAUCCUUGGGCCGUGCGUUUUUCUUCUGUGUGGGUUUCAUGCAAAUUAAGGUGAAGGGGAAAAAGGCCGAGGCAACUGAAGCACCAAUUCUUGUGGUUGCCCCUCACUCAACUUUCUUUGAUGCAGUUGUGAAUAUCGUUGCUGAGAUACCAUCAGUUGUCUCAAGAGCUGAGAAUGCUGACAUUCCAUUGUUUGGAUUAUUACUGAGUUGUUCUCAACCUGUGUUGGUAUCACGCACUGAGACAAAUUCUAGGAAGAAAACUGUUGAAGAGAUUACAAAGCGUGCACAGUCAGGAGGGAAAUGGCCUCAGCUGAUGAUUUUUCCAGAAGGUACCUGUACAAAUCGUACCUGCCUCAUCACUUUCAAAUCAGGCGCUUUUAUUCCUGGAGUUCCUGUACAGCCAGUACUUAUUCGAUACCGAAACAGACUGGACACAGUGACUUGGACCUGGCAAGGGCACAGUGUGGCAAUGCUCUUGUUCUUAACAUUAUGUCAACCUUGCACAAAUGUGGAAAUUGAGUUUUUGCCUGUUUAUGUGCCGAAUGAAGAAGAAAAAUGUGAUCCCCCCCUGUAUGGCGCCAGAGUUCGUGGUGUUAUGGCCUUAGCAUUGGAUGUGCCAAUUACAGAUCACACAUUUGAAGAUUGCAGACUGAUGAUUUCUGCCGGUGAACUGACUUUGCCCAUGGAAGCUGGCUUGGUGGAGUUUACCAAAAUAAGCAAAAAACUCAAUCUGAAAUGGGACAAUGUAAGAAAACAGCUGGACAGUUUUGCUGCAAUUGCCAAUGGAUCCAAGGGUGGAAGGAUUGGUAUUGAAGAAUUUGCAGAACACUUAAAACUGCCAAUUACACCUCCACUUAGGGAGGUGUUUUCUCUUUUUGAUCGGAAUGGCGAUGGCACCAUAGAUUUCAGAGAAUAUGUAAUUGGUUUGGUGGUUCUUUGUAGUCCUGCCAACACAGAGGAGACUAUCCAGUUUGCAUUUAAGUUGUUUGACUUGGAUGAAGAUGGGUAUAUAACUGAAGAAGAGUUUUCUGCUCUCCUGCGAUCUGCUUUGGGUGUGCAUGAUCUUGAUGUUUCCAGAUUAUUCUCAGAUAUCGAUCUGAACGAUUCAGGAAAGAUUUCGUAUGAGGUAUUCCGUGAGUUUGCUCUGUUACAUCCAGAGUAUGCCAAGUUGUUUACUACCUAUCUUGAACUUCAGCGGUAUAAGGCACUGCAGACAAAAGAUGACGAUGAGGAUCUGGAAACAUUUAAAAGAGCACAGUCAUCAUCCCUAUCCGAUGACAAUUUAAGCAGCUCAGACAAAAAGGCUGACUGAGUUCAAAUACCUGUUUGUACUGUGAAGAAAAGUUACAAAAUAUCUUCUUUGAGGCCCAAGCAGGAUUCAGAAGUUCCUGUUGUGAAAUCUUAUAGCUGUUGUUUUAUUAUGAUAUAAAUGCAUUGUGUCUGUCAUUUUAUGAUGCUUCAUCUUGUAAAUAAUAUUCCGAUUGUUUUUUUAAGGUAACUGCUCAUAAAAUGAUCAAAAUAUAUUCUGGUCAUUUUCAUUAAAUUACAGCUUUUUAAAAAAUUUUAAACAAUGAAAAUCGGCUUGUGUAUUUUUUGUUCAUAACAGCAGCAACUUGCAUUUAUAUAAUGAUUUGAUAAUUUUUUUAAAAAACCCCAAGAUGCUUUACAUAAGAGAAAUAAAUGGAUGCCAAGGCAGGAAAGAAGAGAUUGGGAAGAGUGGAAGAAAGUUUGGCCAUUAAAUUGGGGUUUGAGAAAGCUUGUAGAGGUGGAGAGGCAAAAGUAUGGUUUACAGAGAAUUCCUGAAACCAGGGCAGUGGCACUUGAAUGCUUUGUUAUGAACUGUGGGGCAAGUGGAGGGAACAACCAAAAUAUUUAAUUGCUUUUAUUCCUGAGCUAUACUACUGAAUUCACAGUACUUUAAUGGCUUGCCAUAGCAAGUCCAGAUUGAACAUUUAAAUGAAAAUAUAUAUACUUUACCUCUGGUUUUUAAUUUGCUAUUUAGUGUUUCAGCUGUAAUGAUAUUGUGCCUUCCACUAUGCAAAAACAUAUAAUCAGAUUAAGGCAGGUAAACAACAUAAAUGAGCAAUAAAUUAAUAUCCAUUAGAUAGGAUCAGUCUCUAGAAGUUCAGGUUUACAUUUAUUUUCAAAGUCAUUUCUCAAGGUCAAUGCAUAAAAUAGUUUGUAACUUACAUUGUUUCUUGGUCAUCAUAAAAUAUAACAGCUCAGCAGCCACAUUUAUUUUGAGUUCUGCCACAUAUUUUCCUGUGUUAAACAAACAGCGACUGGUCGGUGACUGCCAUUUUCCUAUUGGCCAGCUUUCUCCCUACAUCCUGAAAGCACUUCCUUGCUAAGGUGCAGUGCAAUGACACCACUUGAUGCCCUUCCAUACCUAAAUAUGACCAGAAGUGGGGCAUCCUGAGGGCAGACAGUAGUCCCAACUCCACCUGGGUGACCAAACCCAGUCAAGAGGGUCGAGGGAGAAGGCCUUGGCUGCCAGAGUGCCUAUUCAACCCUGGAGGACAGCACAGCCAAACCCAGUGCUAGCCAGACAUCUACAGUUGUGCACAUUUCCAGCAAGGUUACUGAAUAGCAAUCAAUAGUAGGAACUCUGGCUGAAUUUUUAAUUUUUUCUUCUUCCCCUCACAAGCCCAACAGGGUUGCCAAAGUAAAUUGCUACCCAUGUUGAGAUAGGUUAACUCAGCACAGACUGGGAAUUUUGCCUGGAACUGACUGGUCAGUCUGAAGGAGCACUGCACCACAGUGUCUUUACCACUAGCCCGUGUUGGAACCUGAGUUUUCUCUUUUGCUCCAAUGUUGAAUAAAUGAUAACUUCUUAAAA